AUGAGCUGCUGCCCCUUCUUCAGAGACGCCCCAAAGUCCUUGAGCGUGUCAACAGCAUCGUCGAAACAACACACAAGGGCGGUCGAGGUCUGUGAGAUCGUGGAAAAAAGUCGCCCUCAGCUGAACAAUGGAAGGACCCCCUUCAGGAGUAGGCUGUCCUGGAUUCUUUUCGACUCCGCACAGUUCAAAGCACAAAGACCGGUCAUCAGUCGUCAUCAUGCUUCCGUUCUCGCAGAAUUGAAUUUCCUGCGACAGAUUGCGCUGCUUGCGCCAACCCCGGAACGCGGUAAUGGCGAUGAUGAUGCCUCCAAGAAACCGACGAUGUUGUUUGACAACGUUGCACUCUUGGAGGACUUGAUCGGGAAGGCCAAUACCUCAGGAUCCGUGACCUCAUUACCGGCCUACUCAAGCGAUAUCAACCCCCCCGAGCAGCGUCAACCAGCCGAUUCAAUAACAAGUCAGGCCUUCUUUGCUUUAUCCUCCGGCCCUUCUACUGUGUACUCGGCUCUAUCUCCUCUGCCUGUACCUACAGAUUGUCCUAAACUCCCUUCCGACUUCCUUUCUUCCUCUUUGUCGAAGAUUGACAUACCCGAGCACCUCCUCGACCAACAUCAAGAUGCGCCGAGUAUACUUGGAUAUGAGGAAACAGGAGGCGAAGUCCUAGAUUUAUCUGAUGGAGACGGAAUUUCUCUUUUGUUCGGAGAUUAUGCGAACAUGACACCACUUUUAUCAUCAACGCCAUCUGUGUCGAGCGCAUCUACAUCCAUGUCACCGUGGUCUCCUGGUGCUGAGCAUCUCCAUCGACCAGCCUCCGUGGUGUCUUCCUUGUCGUCUAUGCGUGGAACACCCGGGCUUUCCAACUCGGAGGCCACAUUGGUAGUUCGAUCCACCUCGGCAAUGUCUUUAGAAAAUACAGCCCAGAGGCAACGACCGCCGUCAUUCCGUAAACAACAUCAAUCUGAGGAGUUCGAUCAUCGGAACCUUGACAGUCCGCCUGUUCCGGGCAUGAUUCAGGACUUAACAUCACCACGAAGCACUUCAUCUCCCUCUUCGGCUUCCGCGCCUAUCUCAUCUUCAGCACGUCAGUUCCGCUCGUGGUCGUCGCCAUCGUUUUCACAACUAGGUCGACACAGACGUAAAGGCCCCCACCAGUCCAACCCUCCAGAUGCGUCAUCAUCGCCAGAUGUAGGAAAGAACCCCAAAGUUGCAUAUCCUGCUUCCUUUCCUCUAGAUGCUAAGGAUGAUCAAAACGCCGUCUCAAAUGGCCGUUUUCGCGCAUAUAGUCCCAUAUAUCGCAACGAGGAUGUCACCAGUCAUCUCAACUCUCCAUCUCAGCCUCGUCGGCUACAAGACCAGGCAUUCAAUACAGACUUUACGCACGAACAGCAAUCAUUGCCGUCACGGGCCCAUCUCGCUUGUUACGCCCAAGAGAGGGCUCCUCAUCCGCUUUCGCAGGCUAUUUCUAUCAAUUCUCUGCGGGAUAGCCAUGUAUCACAAUUCCAGGAUAAUGUAGUACCCCAGCGAGAGUCUGAGCAAGUUCAAGUUUUCGAGAUGCUGGGUUCGAUUCCAAGCUUGGAUCAAUUCACCAGCUAUCAACGUCUAAGUAAUCAGAGAGACUUCAUUGAUGAGGCGUCUUCUAUGACUAACCGGGGGAAGGAGGGCCCAAGUUCUGUUCCUUCCGACUCGCGGAUAUUCGAGCUGCCGUAA